AUGAUAAAGCCAUCAGUAGACCCACACCAUAAAGCCACUUAUAAAGCUCCACCAGUAAAGCCACAUUAUAAAGCUCCACCAGUAAAGCCACAUUAUAAAGCUCCACCAGUAAAGCCACAUUAUAAAGCUCCACCAGUAAAGCCACAUUAUAAAGCUCCACCAGUAAAGCCACAUUAUAAAGCUCCACCAGUAAAGCCACAUUAUAAAGCUCCACCAGUAAAGCCACAUUAUAAAGCUCCACCAGUGAAGCCACAUUAUAAAGCUCCACCAGUAAAGCCACAUUAUAAAGCUCCACCAGUAAAGCCACAUUAUAAAGCUCCACCAGUAAAGCCACAUUAUAAAGCUCCACCAGUAAAGCCACAUUAUAAAGCUCCACCAGUAAAGCCACAUUAUAAAGCUCCACCAGUAAAUCCACAUUAUAAAGCUCCACCAGUAAAUCCACAUUAUAAAGCUCCACCAGUAAAGCCACAUUAUAAAGCUCCACCAGUAAAGCCACAUUAUAAAGCUCCACCAGUAAAUCCACAUUAUAAAGCUCCACCAGUAAAGCCACAUUAUAAAGCUCUGUCAGUAAAGCCACAUUAUAAAGCUCCACCAGUAAAGCCACAUUAUAAAGCUCCACCAGUAAAGCCACAUUAUAAAGCUCUAUCAGUAAAGCCACAUUAUAAAGCUCCACCAGUAAAGCCACAUUAUAAAGCUCUACCAGUAAAGCCACAUUAUAAAGCUCUGUCAGUAAAGCCACAUUAUAAAGCUCCACCAGUAAAGCCACAUUAUAAAGCUCCACCAGUAAAGCCACAUUAUAAAGCUCUACCAGUAAAGCCACAUUAUAAAGCUCCACCAGUAAAGCCACAAUAUAAAGCUCUACCAGUAAAGCCACAUUAUAAAGCUCCACCAGUAAAGCCACAUUAUAAAGCUCCACCAGUAAAAACAUAUUGUAAAGCCACAUGUUCAUAUUCCCAAUAA